AUGUCGCAGGGACAACGAUGGAGCGAGAUUAAGCGCGUACCGCCUGGCAGCGGGACGCUCUUAACUGCAGCUGCCGCCGCGGCAGAUGUUUCCCCGGGCUCUGAGGAUGUGAAAGCACCACGCUUUCUCUCGCCGGAGCGCAGAGGUGCUCCGCUCUGCGGCCGGGAAAGCCCCUCCGCAGACUUCCCCGCGCCGGGUCGUCCAGCGCGCAACCCGGCCGCCGGGUGCCCGGCGGGGGUCGCUAACGGCUGCCGAGCAGCGGCACGGCGGGCGGUGGCGGCGCAGAGCGCGGCCGGCGGAGGGACGCGUGGCCGCCCCCGGGCAACGGCCGCCGUCAUGUGCGGGAAGGGCCUCCUCCUGCUCGGCCUCCUCAUCGUCCUGCUGCAGGCGGUCCAGGCAGUUCAGUACUCAGGAAGUGCAGAGUCAGGAAGCAAUAGCUUAAAAAUAGUGGGAUCCAUCUUAUUUCCAGUGAAAGUUUAUGUCAAGCUGGAUCACAGCAGUCCACAUAUUCUAUGUGUCACAAAUCACCUACGAAACUCAGAAUUGAUUGAUCCAGUAUUCCGGUGGAAUGGACCAGGUGGUUAUCUUUCUUCAGAAAAUAGCAGUGUGCAAAUAUCACCAACGGGAACUUUAAUAUUUGGACACUUCAGAUCUGACCUGAGUGGAGUUUACACUUGUUCCCUUGUUUAUAAGCUUAUCGCUGCACAACCUGAUAAAAGACUCACAAUAAAAUAUCUUAUUUAUGCUUAUUCUGAUCCUCAGUAUUACUAUGAAUUGACAGUCCAGUACCAUGCAGCCCCCUGCAAUAGUUUUCGUAAUACUUCUUUUGGGAAGGCGUUGCUUCAGAUACUCAGCAAGCUCAUUGCUGACCUUUCAUGUGAGGUUUCACUAAUUAAGUCAGAAUGCCACCAUGUAAAAAUGCAGAGAGGAGGCCUACAGAACGAAAUGUUCUUUACAUUUUCAGUUACUUGCUUAGACACAGAAAACAACAAACUAUGUCCGCAAAGUGCUUGUGAUGCACCUCAUAGAUUAUACAAGGCAAAGGACCUCAUAGAGAGAUUCUUUAAGAAAGAGGUGGAAAUUAGGGAGAAAAGUUCUGAACCAUUGCCUGAAAUAUACUACAUUGACGGUACACUGCAAAUGGUGAGGGUUGAUCGUUGCUACCCAGGAUAUGGAGUGAAUGCUGUAAGGCAUCCAGACUGCCCAGAGUGUUGUGUUAUCUGCAGCCCAAGAUCUUACAAUCCCAGUAAUGGAAUUCACUGUCUUCAGUGCGACACCAGUUUGAUAUACGGAGCAACGACGUGCUGA